AUGCGUAAACCGUGUAUAGCUCUGUCGUUCGCCACCCUUCUAUUAUGUGCCGAUAUAAUAAAAUGUGCGCCGGCCCAGAAAUCCUUACAAUCUAAAUUAAAUCCUUAUUAUCUCAAGGCAAUGGCGGCAUAUAAAAAACUUGAAUCGAAAUUACCACGCGAAGAAUUGAGAGCGAUAACAACAAUCGGUAUUUUGAACGGAGCCAAAGAAGCUGAACAACAAAUGGAACGCCAUUUAAUUGAAGAGGUCAAGGACCUCCUACUCAACACGAAUGUUAAUAAUCGUGAAACGGUGUUACCUAAAAUUGAAAAAAUCGAAGAACAGUUAAAUCGGGAUCAAAAAGCUUUGGAAAUCCUUACCAAAUCUAUGGACUUGGCAAUGAAAACCAAAGAUGUGAAAACAUUUCACAAAGAGAUACAAGAAAUUGCUGCAAGUCUAAAGGAAAAGACGGGUGAUGGGACAACGGGAAGUGAUGAAAAUAAUGUUGGGAAAAAAGUAUCGCAUUUAAGGAAGCAUAUCCUGCAACAAAUGAAUCUUAUGAAACACGUAGUGGAUGAUAAAAUCGAUGACACCUUGGAUUAUUUAAUUGAACAUGCCGAUAAUGAUGGUGUCCUUGCCAAGGCUAGUACGAAAGUUGUUCGCAAACGUCAAACGGAUCAGGAAGAAGAGGCGGAAAUAAGGCAAAUUAAAUCGAUUUUAACAGAGGAUGAUUUCCGCAAUAACCUCGUAUUAAAUGAAGAUGGUGACAAAAACAAAAAGAAAAAAGACAAUGAUGAUAUUAGCUCCAGUGAAGAGGACAAUUUACUGAUGGCAUCCAAUAAUGUUAUUGAAACUAACAGAAAAGCCACAGCGAAAGUUAUGGCCUCGAAUGGUAAUGCCACAGAGACGCUGUCGCUGUCUGAUGUAAACGGGAGCCCUGACAAUAUGACAACGCUUGCCAAACAGGAAGAAGGUUCACCCGAAUUGUUAGAUAAUAACGGAGAUAAUGGAGGCGGAGGCGGCGGUGGUGGCUUAGUGGGCAUCAUAACCAGUUUGAGUGGAGGCGAAGGAGGCUCUGACAUAGGUGCACUAAUAGGAGCAUUGACGGGAGUCAUUUCUCAAUUGUUUGGACCUGGUGGUUUGGAUAUUGAAAGUUUAUUGAGUUCGGCAACUUCCUUAAUUUCUGGUUUAUUGGCGGGCAACAAAAACUUUGGCACUGUCUUAGGCAUAUAUGUGGGAACUGUCUUUGAUGGCCUCUCUGGGGGAGGAGGUGCUAUCAACAACGGACAAUUCAUUGGCAACUUUUUGGGAACUGUGGUCGCCUCUCUAAGUGCUGACCCCGAAGAAGAUGAUGUUCCACCGCGACCACUGCUUUUCCUUCAAAACGUUGUCAGCAGCUUUUUAGAGGCUAAAAAUCGUAAGUCUGAAGAGGAAUCAGCCGAAAGGAAAGAUGGUCACAAAAAUGGUCAUAGCGGUGAAAAGGGUGGCGGUUCCGAUUCAUCGGCAUUUAUAAAACACGUGGUGUCCCAUGUAGUGGGCAGUGUUGUAAGUUUAAUAUUGAAUGCAUCACUUGGAGCAUCAGGUGGAGCCUCUGGUGCCUCGCACAGCCUAUUUGCUGGUAGUUCUGCAGGCCAUACAAAUCACAAUGGUGGCAAAUAUUAG